AGUGACGCAGAGGUUACAGAUGCUCGAGUUCUUUUUCGUGAAAUUCUCAGAAAUCUGGUUCAAUCGUAUAAUAUUUUCUGCUAUUCACAUAGUUUCAAGAAAACUCUAAAUCGUGUUUUCACUCAUAUUUUAAGCCGACUAAGUGCGUCUCCCAGGCCUCUGUAUGUUGAUGUUGAUGUCGUGUUGUUGCUAGAAAAAAAAGAUGCCGCAGCCGAAAUCCCGUAAGAUCGCCGUCCUGGGAUACAGAUCCGUGGGAAAGUCCUCUUUGACAAUACAGUUCGUGGAGGGCCAGUUUGUCGACUCAUAUGACCCAACCAUAGAAAACACAUUUACAAAAAUGAUCACAGUAAAUGGACAGGAGUACCAUCUGCAGUUGGUAGACACAGCUGGGCAGGAUGAAUACUCAAUUUUCCCUCAGACAUACUCCAUAGACAUCAAUGGAUACAUUCUUGUGUAUUCAGUCACGUCAAGCAAAAGUUUUGAAGUAGUAAAGGUUAUCCAUGAAAAAUUGUUGGAUAUGGUGGGUAAAGUUCAAGUACCCAUUAUGUUGGUUGGAAACAAGAAAGAUCUACACAUGGAACGGGUAAUCAGCUGUGAAGAAGGGAAAGCAUUGGCAGAGUCCUGGAACGCAGCCUUUAUGGAAUCAUCUGCUAAAGAGAACCAGACUGCAGUGGAGGUGUUUAAGAGGAUAAUCCUGGAGGUAGAGAAGAUUGAUGGGGGUGCUCCGCAAGGAAGGACAUCAUGCUCGCUGAUGUAGACCUCCCCCAGCCCUGAUGCCCCCCUUCAACAGAUCACAGCACUGGACACUGGGAUAUCCCUCUACUUGAAGAGGCUAACUGCCUGUUUUCCUCCAGAUAAACUUGGCUUUUCUUUUUUCUUUUACUUUUUUCUUUUUUUUUUUAGUUGGGCUUUUUUUUUCUUUCUAAGUAGGACAGAGAAAUCUUUACAGAUGAAGGAAUAACAUUCCCUCUCAGCUCUUGGUGGACCUGCCCACUCUCCCUCUGCCACCCCACCCUGCUUAGACCAGCCCUGAUAUGAAAGAUAGAGCUUCACUCCACUCAUUUUAAGCUUUCAUUUUCCUUUUCUACUGCCCCCCCCC